UAAAAAUAAAAUUAAUAAUUUAUUAAUUUUGAGUGUGAUAACAAAAUUAUUAGUUACUCAAUGGGGGCAAACAUGGGAAAGAAUUCAUCGUUAUUAGACGCUUUACCAAGCACACAAAGUACAUUACAUGUUGUAAUGCUGGGCUUGGAUUCAGCGGGUAAAACAACAGCAUUAUAUCGUUUAAAAUUCGAUCAGUAUUUAAAUACAGUGCCAACAAUUGGUUUUAAUUGUGAAAAAGUGAAAGGUCAAGUGGGUAAAGCAAAAGGUGUGAAUUUUUUAGUGUGGGAUGUUGGUGGUCAAGAGAAAUUACGACCAUUGUGGAAAAGUUAUACACGGUGUACGGACGGUAUUGUGUUUGUAUUAGACAGUGUAGACAUUGAACGUAUUGAAGAAGCUAAAAUGGAAUUAAUGCGUACAGUGAAAUCACCGGAUAAUGCUGGCGUACCAAUAUUGGUGUUAGCGAAUAAACAAGACUUACCGGGUGCGAAAGAACCACGCGAUUUGGAAAAAUUAUUAGGAUUACAUGAGUUGGGUGGUAGUACACAGCAUACAUGGCAUGUGCAACCAGCGUGUGCUAUCACCGGUGAUGGGUUACAUGAAGGUAUGGAAGUAUUAUAUGAAAUGAUCUUAAAACGACGUAAACUUGCAAAAAUGGUUAAGAAAAAGGCCAGAUAGACUUGCCUGUAA